AUGAACCGAGAUCGAAUAUCUCGACAAAAACUGGCCAAACUAGCUAGCCAUAAGGAGUUAAGUGAAGACGAACUUGAAAUUGAAACAGAUGGAUUCCCCACGCUUAGACCCACUCAAAACGACGACUUAUUUGGACUUGAAGAUGAAUUCGGCACUCUACGGCUUUCUCCACAUAAGAAAAUCGAUCCAAGACCUCCAAGCAAAUCAAUUAGUCAAAAGCCAUCACUUUCGCCUGGCUUUAUGAUGAAAUUUGUGGAACCUCAAGAAGAGCAUUUGUCCUUCGACAAGGAUUUUGAUGCAAAUGAUGUGUUCAAUCCUCGAAAUUUACUCAAGCAGAACCAAGCUUUCGUUACGCCUAAGGCAAAUCCUUCUCCAGGAACGGCAUCUAAUACAUCGCCAAUACGGAGAAGAUCCCUCAGCGACUAUAGCGAAGGAACGGACACAGGGUUGACGUCCGAGUUGGACGACGGUGAUUUCGAGGAAGAGAUUGACGAUAUUUUUGGAAAAGAGGAAAGCGGAAUAUACAGUAGUGGUGGUCGCUCGAACUCUGCUAACUUAAGUAAGGCAGGUCAAGUAUUGUCGACAAAAAGGGAGGAGUUGCAGCGACAAGCAGAGAAGGAGGAAGCUGAGAUGUAUGAGCGUUACAAGAAGCUCAAGCAAGCUGAUGUUAAUACCCUAAAAUUGAAAGAUCACAACGGAUUCCUGCCAACGAAUCCGAAUCAUCUUGAUGCAUUGGAGAAUGACGGUACCGUCAAUUAUGAGUACACGCGUGAUGAUGAUGAAGCCUUUGAGGACGGCUUUGAGCUCGACCAGCCUCUUGACUUGGAGAUUUCUAAGCUUCACCGAUCCGUAAGAUCAAGCUCAAAAAGUCGAACCCUAGAGAGGGAGAUGCUGAUGCCGAAUUUUCCGAAAUCGUUGGAGCCUUCGAGACCGACAAAAUUUAAAUCUACCAUGGAUCUCAAUGGAGCUUCAAGAAGCAAUCAUCCUCUUUUCAAUGACGAUAAUGAUAUCAUCAAGAGGCUAAACCGUAUGCCUUCUUUCCAUCAACAGUCCAAGCCUCAAAAAAAUGACGAUGAAAUCAAUCGUGAUAUGGAGCUUCGUAAAAAGGAACUACUCGAAAAGUAUAUGGAAAUUACCGAGAGGCAGAAAAAGCUUAAUACAAGUCCAAAAAAGAACAAGAACUUCACUCGUGAUUCCGCAAGCAAACGAAGGGGUGUCGGCCUAGUGAAGUUUUUGAAUCAAGGCAAUAAUGUGCCAGCUGUGAAUGCUAACGGAAAAAUGAAGUACAAUCAUGCAAACCAACGGUGGGAAGGCAAUGAACACGAUUUAGUACGUUUUGAGGAAUACGAAAACCAGCAGCAAGCUAAAAAGCCUGGAUUAAUUAGAAAGCAGGAUUUCCAAACGAGAAUGGAGGAGGUCCAGGGUAACAUGAGAUAUGAUGCUGAAAAUCUACGAUGGAUCAACACUGACGAAGAUGAUAUGGAAAAUGAGAGAAUAUUUGAAGACUUGCCCGAUUUAGAGCCGAAUGACAUUCCCCAGUACAGUCAGCCACAGUUUAACUUUGAUAUCCAAGGAAGGGGUGUGAGUACGUUUACACAGCGCACCAUUCUGACCACUUCGAGUGAUCGAAGUUCUGCAAUCGGUCGACAGAACGUUGAGGCGGAAUUCCAGCUUCUGGUAAGAAAUCUCAGCAGGUUUGAGAAAGAAGAAGCCAAAAUCAGGAGAAAGACACAUACAUGGUUUGCCCCAAAGGAGCAGUAUCGGUUGAACAGGCACAAUAAAUUUACGGGGGACUAUUUUUGGGAAAUCAGAAAGAUGGUCUGCGAAGACAGCUAA